UAGAGAUGCUUGGCUUUCCUUUUUGCUUCACUUUACAUUUCUACUCAUAUCCAUCAUUCUCUUUGAUCACAAGAAACAAUCUCCAUCUCCUACACAUACUCACACUCAUCUAAUAAUAUACAAGGCGCUUCUCAGAUUCAGCUCUUAUGGAUCAUUUGUUACAGCACCAGGAUGUUUUUGAGAAUUUUAACAAAGCAAGAGAAGCCAUGGGAGUAUCAUGUUCAUCAAACCCAACACAAGAUGACCAUCAGAAGAAACCUUCUCCGGCGACCGGCGCGGCGAGGCCACAGCCACCUGAGCUAGCUCUGAGAUGUCCACGUUGCGACUCAACAAACACAAAAUUUUGUUACUACAACAAUUACAGCCUCUCUCAGCCUCGCUACUUCUGCAAAUCAUGCCGGAGAUAUUGGACCAAAGGUGGAACCCUAAGGAACAUCCCCGUCGGAGGCGGCUGCCGGAAAAACAAACGGUCCACAUCUUCGGCGUCAAGAAGCCUCAGAACCACCCCGGAACCGACGUCCCACGACGGUAAAGCUUUCUCGGCGGCGAGUUUUGGCGGGUAUAAUAACAAUGAACAGAUUGAUCUCAGUUUAGCCUUUGCCUUGCUGAACAAGCAACCUCUGGGGAGUUCUUCACAGCUAGGGCUUCCUUCAGAAUUUGGUAGCUCUCAUCAGUCUGAUAUGGAGAGUGUGUUUGGGACAAGCCAUCAAAAGGAGAACGCUGGUUAUGCGUUUGGAAACGGGAGCAGCGGUUUGGAUAUUGCGAUGGGUGAUCCAAACAAGGUUUUGUGGGGAUUUCCAUGGCAGAUUAAUAGAGAGAGUUUUGGAAUGAUGAACAUAGGAGGAGGAGGAGGUGGUCAUGUAGAUCAUAUUGAUUCAGGGAGAGAUAUUUGGACCAAUAUGAACUAUAUUAAUUCUGGUGCUUUAAUGUAGUUCAAAUUAAAACCUCAAUUUCAUUUGGGUUUUAAUUUAGGGUUCCAUAUUUCAUAUUUAUUGGGAGGAAAGAUGGGGACGAGCUAUUUUAUGAAAUGGUCAAGGAUAUAUAGUUAUAUUAGGGUUUUUUAAAAGAGUUUCAAAUGGGGUUGGGUGUUUUAUUGUGUUUCUUUCUUUUAUAUGUUCAUUGCUGUACUAUGUUUUAAAUGAGACAUUG